AUGUAUCCCUUCUCUGAAGCCAAAUUUUCGACAACAACAACGAGUACGCCAAAACAAAUCGACAAUUCCGCAAAACUCAUACUCGGAAACAUGGUCUACCGCCGCGAACGACUCAAGAAUCUCGCAAAAAAUCUUUAUCAGAAAAAUCAAGAUCUAAAGAAAGAAAUUGAAAGAAUCAAUAUCAAGUUGAAUAAUACGAAAAUCUUCGCUGAUGAGAAAGAAAAUCUAAGAAUCGAGCAAAUCCAAAAGCUGGAAAAUGAUUUGGAAGAAACGAGACAGGAUUAUUACGAGAAGUUGAUUGAAAAUGGAGAGCUAGACAGAGAGUUGAGGGUUGCAAAAGGAAGAGUGGAAGCUCUAACUGGAGAAAAUUUGAAAUUGACGAGGAAUAUGACUGAUUUUCGCUCAUCGAUGAAUUCAUACAGUCGAGAACGCCAAAUCAAAGAGCUCGAACUCAAACGGCUUCUGAUGACAUGCGAAGAAAAUUCGAUCUCCCGAGAAAAAGAACUGAACAGCUGGAAGCUUCGAAACGAAAGAUUCGAGCAAAACAACCGCGACCUCAUCAACCAAAACAAGCUCAUUCGUGAUCAGAUCAUUGCCACUACCGAUGAGCUCGAUCGAUGCCGACAGAAAGAGAAGCUUUUUGAAAGAAAUUGCAAUUGCGAAAGCUUCAGGAUUCAAGCAAACUCAUGCCAGCCUCCUUCCUUGCCGAAAUCCUCAAACAGAAUUCGCCAACAAGCCGAACGCGAAAUCACAUCUCUUCAACGACAGCUUAAAAUCUAUCAAAAUCAAGAUAGGCAACGAAGAAACGAAACUGAGCGAGUAGCGACCGAAUUUCACCAGUUCAAGAUCAAAUACCACGAAAUCGAGACCAAUUUAAUUAUGGAUGAUGUGUUGAAAUGUCGGGCGAUGCUUGAAGCUCUGAAGAAACAAUCAGCUUUGAGGAUCCGAUCGGUUGAGUUUGAAGCAAAGACUUGGAGGACGAAACAUACGGAGGAGUCAGAUAGAAACACACAAUUACAGUAUGAGAAAAACAUUUGCGAUGAAAGACUUCUGGGAAAAACAAGUGAUUUGAACGCAACCGAAUUCGAAAAAGACCGCCUUCAAGAUGACCUGUACAAAUGCCAAGACGACCGAGAUUAUGCGGACAAAACUUUUGCGAUAAAAGAGUCUGAUUUGCGGCAUGAAAUCUCUGUAGUUUCAGAAAAGUACAACAAAGAAGCUGAUCAGCGCGAAAGACUAAGUCGGAAAUUGUCGCAGCAACGAAAACGGAUUCAAAAUCUCUCAGCAGCUUGCAAUGGAAAAGAUCAAGACGAUUUACGAUCGUGUCCGAUUUGCGAGGAAAAAUUGCCAAGCCAGACUGAACCAAUUCCCGCGAAAGUCGAGCUAGAAAAAAUCUCCAUCGACAUGGAACAAGCCACAAAAGAUGAAAAAUCGCUUGUCCCCGAAACCUCUCCGUAA